GUAGGUAGAGGCCUCCGCUGCCGCAGUGUGUGCGCGCACGUGGAUCAUGUUGCACGCGGUACUGUGUCUUUCGCUGGCCGUAGCCUCGGUCGCAGUCUAUUCAUCCACGACAGAAGAAUGUGGCUUGAACAACGGUGCGAUGAGCUAUCGUCAGCCUAGAACAGUCAACGGAGGAGGAGCCAGCGUUGGGGGUUUCAAGUCUAGGUUGGUCAACGGCAAGGAGACCCAGAAAGGAGCUUGGCCGUGGCAAGUAUCAUUACAGUUACUUCACCCAGCAUUUGGUUUUGUUGGUCACUGGUGUGCAGGAGUACUAAUCCAACCUACUUGGGUUUUGACAGCGGCUCACUGCAUUCGAAAUGAAAAGUUUAGCCUACCGUUGGCAGCUCUUUGGACAGCUGUACUGGGGGACUGGAAUAGAGAUAUAGAAGAGCACACUGAAGAGCGUAUACCCAUCGACGAGAUAGUUAUUCAUGACAAAUUUCACAACUACCAAAACGACAUAGCAUUAAUGAAAUUGUCUAGGCCGACAAAUAUCACCAAUACAAAUAUACGAUGCUUAUGUUUACCACCAUCGGCCAAUGACAUUCCAAUUCCUAAGGUAUGUGUCACGACCGGCUGGGGUAAAGUCAAACCAAAUGGACCGUUGUCGGGUAAGCUGCGGCAAAUAAAAGUUCCAGUGCAUAACACAUCUGUUUGUAGGGAUAAAUAUGGGCCAGUGGUGCCUAUAACUGAUGGUCAUUUAUGUGCUGGCAGAAUGGAUGGCAAAAUUGGAGGCCCAUGUGUGGGAGAUUCUGGAGGGCCUUUGCAGUGCUCAGGUCCAAAUGGUAGAUGGUUUUUGGCUGGUCUGACAUCAUUUGGCUCAGGAUGUGCCAAACCAGGUUAUCCAGAUGUAUAUACAAAGCUAUCAUUUCAUUUGUCAUGGAUACUUAAGCAAACAAAAAAGUAUGCAGAAGAAAGAAAACAAUGAACAGUAGAAUUCAACAUCAAUAGCAGUUAUAACUAAAUAACAAAAUAAUAUAAAAUAUGUAAUGAUCAGACUAGGUAAAGGUUAUGUCAGU